AUGGAACCGGAGGGGGAGCGGGGCGGGGAGCUCCAGACGGACCCCCGGCCCAGAACGCUCCCACGGGACCAGGAGAGACCGAGCCCCGGAGAGGAGCGGGAGCGCCCCGUGGAGGGCAGAGACACGCGGCUGAGGGUAGUGCUAAGGGUCCGACCACUGACCUGCUCGGAGACGCGGCGAGGUGACCGGCGGGUUGUGCACAGCCUCGGUGACGGCGCGGUCCACGUGAGCGCGGCGAGGCACGAUGCCACCUUUGGUUUCAGCGCCGUGUUCGACGCCGGCGCCUCGCAGGAGGCUGUGUUCGAAGGCAGCGGGAUGAGGCAGCUGGUGGAGCUGGCGAUAGAUGGCUUCUCCUGCACCGUCUUUGCCUUCGGGCAGACCGGCUCGGGAAAGACCUACACCCUGAUGGGACCUCUUGCCCAGAGUGAGACCCAGCCAGUGUCCCCGGCCCUGCUGGGGCUGAUGCAGAGGUCCUUCGCCUGCCUCCUGGAGCAGAGCCGGAGCCGCGGCUCAGAUCUGGCUCUCAGUGCUUCCUACCUGGAGAUCUACAACGAACAGAUCCGGGACCUGCUGAGCCCGGGGCCGCCGUGUGCUCUGCCCCUGCGGUGGAGCAAAACCCGCGGCUUCUACGUGGAGAACCAGCUCAGUGUGGACUUCGAGAGCCUGGAGGACAUCGUCAGCCUGCUCCUGCAAGGAUCCCAGAGGCGACGGACCUCGGCACAUGCCCUCAACAGGCACUCGAGCCGCAGCCAUGCUCUUCUGACCAUCCACAUCCGCAGCCGGGCUCUCAACGCCUGCCCCAGCAAGCAGGGCACACUCUGCUUUGUGGACCUGGCCGGCAGCGAGCGGGUGAAGGAGACCGGCUCCAGCGGGGAGCUCUCCGUGGAGGCCAACAGCAUCAACCGCAGCCUCCUGGCACUGGGACACUGCAUCUCUCUGUUGGCCAAACCCCGAGGGAAGUGGACGCACAUCCCGUACCGGGACAGCAAGCUCACCCGGCUGCUCGCCCGCUCCCUGGGCGGCUCGGGCAUCACCCUGAUGGUCGCCUGCAUCUCCCCGUCCUCACGCUGCCUCUCGGAGACACUGAGCACGCUGCACUAUGCCAGUCGGGCCCGGAGGGUCACUACCAGACCCAUGGCCAACAGGGUGUCCCGGGAGAAGCUGCUGCAAACCUUGGAAGAAGAAAUCCAUGCCCUAAAGCUGGAAAACCUCUCCCUGCGCCAGCAGCUGUGCCUGCCCAGAGUGCCACUGAGGAGCACAGAGGUCCCAGAGAACCCUCCAAAAGCUUGCACGAGCUGGGGAGGCAGGUAUGGCCCCGCAGGGCUGCAUCACCUCCCUCUUGAAGGGCAACUCCACUCAGAGGGAACACCUGCCUGGCCCAGCCUCUACAGUCUCCUGAGGGAUUUCGUGGUGGAGAAUGAGCACAUGAGGCAGCCCUGGCUGUCCCCAGACCCCAGUGGUGAUAUCCCAGAUGGCCCAUCCCACAGAGCCACCCGCAGCUCCUGUGACAGCCAGCCCCUGCUCCGGAGUGCCCACGCCCCCCAGAUCCCCCCUGGCCACUCCACAAGGUUCCAGAAGCCCAACACAUCUGCCUCCGUUCCCCGGCUGCCGAAGCUGCCUCCUGCCUCCGGCCGCUCCAGCUACCCAGGGUGCCCACAGUGCUGCCCCGGGCCAGCUGAUGCCACCACGUCCCAGGUACUGCCAGUUCCCCCCAUGCCACAGCCGGCCCCCACCGAGGGAAGUGCUGGUGUUCUGCCCCUCAGACAGGAGGACAUGGCUCUGCCUGGCUCCCAUCAGCUCCACGGGCACCCCCAGCCACACCAGGGGAAACGGAGCCAGGGCAGAAGCAGGAGCUUUUCUCAGCAGCACCCACUCCCCCGGGAGCUCCCAGGCCCAGAUCACAGUCCCAACCCUGAGGGAAGGGUCAUCCCUUCAGCACCACCAUGGCCAGGAUUGCCAGAGCCCAGAGUGGGAAGAGGCACUGGACUGGCUGGCAGAGCAGAUCUGAGCAGCCACAGCCUCACCGUGGAUGGAGCCAGCAGUGGGAAUCUGGCACAGACUGGGGGGACAACCACAGCCCGCGGGGACACCGGAACCUGGGACUACAAGGACCACACAGACCAGUUGGAUGGACAUGCACACGGGGCUCUCCAGCCUGCACGGCACUCUCAGUUUAUUUCUGUCUAGCUGGGGCUGUGCUGCCGGCGGCU